UAUAUUUAUGACUUAUGUAUGCAUGUAAAUGUUAUCAAAAUGGCUUUUGUUUUUGAAAACACAAAAGAGGAGUCAGGAGUGUUAAGUUAUCAAUAAUUUUCAUUUGUGUCCGUGGUGCUUUAAUCGUAAAUUGUUUUUAGUUCAGUGGCUGAGUUUUUUUAAUUAUUAUUGCUACUAAUUUAUGAUUUAAAUUAAAUUUUCAUUAGUUUAACCUUAUUAAUACUAAGUCUCUUUUAUUGGUAAUUAUAGAAGAACGUAACAUAAUAUCUCUAAUUCAUCAGACUAUCUGUACAAUACGUUUAAUUAUUGUUGAAUUAUUUAUUUUAAUACAAUUUUUUUUAAAUAAAAUUUUUAUUAAAAUGCUCAGUGUUUUACUAUUUAUUUUAAAAAUAUAAAGUUUAUAAAGAAAAUUUAAAAUGAAUGUUCCCUACAUUAAUGACACAUUCAACAUCAACGAACUUUCAACAGAACAACAAAAGUUGUUAAUAGAAAUAAGAAGACGUAAAGCUGAACUUUUACUUGAAAUACAGCAACUUAAAGAUGAAUUAUCAGAAGUUGUUGGGGAAAUGGAGAAUAUGGAUUCAAAUGAUGAUAGUAAAAAUCAAACCAAAGCAAAACAGUUAUCAAUUGGUCGAAAGAAAUUUAAUAUGGACCCUAAGAAAGGAAUUGAAUUUCUUGUUGAACAUGGUCUAUUAAACCAUAAUGAAGCUGAUGUAGCUGCUUUUCUUUAUAAAGGAGAAGGUUUAAAUAAAACUGCCAUUGGCGAUUACUUAGGAGAGAGAAAUGAUUUCAAUGAAAGAGUUUUAAGAGAAUUUGUUUCUCUUCAUGAUUUUACUGAUCUCAUUUUAGUUCAAGCAUUACGACAAUUUUUAUGGAGUUUUAGGCUUCCUGGUGAAGCACAAAAAAUUGAUAGAAUGAUGGAAUGUUUUGCUGAAAGAUAUUGUCAAUUAAAUCCAAAUAUUUUUACUAACACUGAUACUUGUUAUGUUUUGUCAUUUGCUAUUAUUAUGUUAAAUACAAGUCUUCAUAAUCCUAGCGUAAAAGACAAACCAUCUGUUGAACAAUUUAUUCAAAUGAAUAGAGGGAUAAAUAAUGGUGGUGAUUUACCUAGAGAAUUGCUUAUUAGCUUAUAUGACAGCAUAAAAACUGAGCCUUUUAAAAUACCUGAAGAUGAUGGCAAUGAUUUAAUGCACACGUUUUUCAAUCCUGAUAAAGAAGGAUGGUUGUGGAAACAAGGUGGUCGUUACAAGAGUUGGAAACGGCGAUGGUUCAUACUAAAUGAUAAUUGUUUAUAUUAUUUUGAAUAUACUACUGACAAAGAGCCUCGUGGUAUAAUUCCAUUAGAAAAUAUUGAAGUUAGAGAAGUAUCUGAUCGUCAUAAGCCACAUUGCUUUGAAUUAUAUGCUGCUCCUGGCACUACAGAUUUCAUUAAAGCCUGUAAAACUGAUAGCGAAGGAAAGGUUGUAGAAGGUAAACACACAGUUUAUAGAAUGUCUGCUGCUACAGCUGAAGAAAAGGAUGAGUGGACAAAAUGUUUAAGACAAAGUAUUAGCCACAAUCCAUUUUACGACAUGCUGGCUGCACGUAAAAAGAAAGCCCAAAAAAGUAACAUACAUAGUCGAAGUUAGCAUCAUUUCUAUUGUUAUGUGAAAGUGUCCCUGUACUAUUUAAAGUUUAAAUUUGGAUGUCAAGUAUGAAAAAAGCGAGCAAAAAAGGAGAUCAAAUAAAUUCAUGUGAUGUAAUAAUGAUAAAAAUCAACAUCUACAUUAAUAUUUGGAUUAAAAGGACAUAGUGUGAUAGAACAAUAAUCAAUUAACCAUUGAUUUGCACAUCUUAUUUUGAAUAUUUUUUGUAGCACAUUUAUGUGUUACUAAAUUACUACAUAAUUUGUUUAUUGUUUUUAUAAUAUAGUUCAAAUUAUUUUA